CAUGGAUUUACAAAAAUUAUCUGAGUAUUUAAAAAAAUAAACUGCUGUCCUCUAAUAUAUCUAUGAUAAUUCUGUCGAAAUCAAAGAAAUUACAAAGUUUAACUUGGGGUAAAGUAAUCCCACUUACUUAGUCUCUUUAAUGUAAUUAUUAUCUUUUAUAUGAAUAAAGAAAUUCUGAUAAAAAGUUAGUUCUGAGAAAGAAACCAGAUGGAUAAUUACUUCCAGGAGUAAUAUAUUUCUUAAUUUUUUAGGCCCAUAUGAUAGAGAGAGAAUAUGAAAUAACCUCUAAAUUAUCUUCUGUCUCUUUUCCUGUUGCUAAACCACUCUGCUUUUGCAAUGAUUCUAACAUAAUUGGAACUCCAUUCUAUAUUAUGGAAUAUGUAGAAGGUAGAAUAUUCAAGGAUAUUCAAUUAAAAGAAUUAAGUAGUUAAGAAAAAUAAGAAAUCCUAAAUGAAUAAGCUAGAGUUUUAGCAUUAUUACAUUCUAUUGACAUAUAUAAAUUAAAACUAGAUCAUUUAGGAAAGCCCGAGAAUUAUUAUUAACGCUAGAUUUCUACAUGGAGUAGAUAAUAUAAAUUAGCAGAAACUAAUAAUAUUUAAAGUAUGGAAAAUCUUNCAACCUAAGCAUUUAAGUAAUCAUGUAUAGGUGAUAUAUAUUGA